CGACUUACAGAGACGAGGGUGUGUGAACUAUGCAUCAGCUGCAGAGUCACUUACAACUACGUCUCACUCGAAAGACGGAGCACAAGGAGGUUAAGUGACUUGCUCAGGGUCACACAGUGAGUCAGUGGCUGAGGUGGGAUUUGAACCGGGGACCUUCUGGUUACAAGCCCGUUUCUUUAACCACUGGACCACACAGCCUCCUAUAGCCUCCUUACAAUUGGUAUGGUUUUAAGAUGUCUAACUGGGUGAAGGUUACCCGAGGUCAGGGCCACAAGCCGACUGCAAGUGCAGGGAACCGCCAUGGUCCUGGGAAGAUUCCAUUCCUAUUGAAUAGCAUCAAGCCCUACAAACCCUACAGAAUGAGCCCAUAUCCAGUUCGAGAUGAAAGAAAGGAUGCUUAUAACGACGACACACGCAAUUUUGAAGAGUUAUUGGACCAACAAUAUGACUGUUCAUCCAGGACUGAGGACUACUAUGAAAGGUACCAGUGCUCCCAGAAUGCACCCACCAAGAAUUACACUCCGGCUGACAGGCGCAGCUCAUUCUAUCAGCAGUUCUACAAACAGAUUCAGGAGGAGUAUGACAAACAGAGGCCAGCGGACUGUGUCAUUUUGUCUGUGACGAAGCAACAAACGGAUUAUGCAAAAUCGAUAGGCCACCGUUUGCAGAAGCGUGGCCUUGUGGUGGAAAUGAUAUACCUGCACUCGGAAUCAGGUCUCACCCGCGCCCUUCAGGAUGUCCGAAAUGACGGUUCCCCCUUUUGUAUUCUCGUCGAGCACUCAAAUGUAGCGCUUUCCUCUUGCACCGUAAUCAUAUUUUACGAGUCUCUCAAAAUUCAUCGCAACAUGCCUUCGGAGCGUGCCAUGGACUUUGUGGCCGCGGAGCACGGGCACGUGCAGGCUGAGCGCUCGGAGAAGGAGCGCGAGGAAAUCUCCGUGAAGGCAGCGGAUCUAGCAGACGACUAUCUGGAGCGUGAGAACUGCGACAAGCACAGCCUUCCCCUGAGUACUCGCCACCUCCUCUUCCUGAUGAGCGAAGGGAAGCACUUGUACCUGGAAGAGCUGAACACCAUCGAGGAGUACGUGAGGACGAGGAAAGAGGAACUCGAAGCUGUGCCAGCAGAAAGUGAUAAUGGAUUCAACCCUGGAAUGAGGAAACCAGCUCCCGGCGGCCUGAGCAAGCCCCCUCCCCUUCUCCCGACGCCCGGCAGACCCCCGCUCCUGGAGCACCCCUCCCAUUCCCAGGCAAAGCCAGUCCUUCUGGGGGACCGAACACCGGGACCCUUGCUCCCAACCCCAGGCUCAUACCCCAAAUCCAAGCCCCCUCCCCUGCUGUCUAUGCACUCACGACCCACGCACGGCCACGGCCCCUUACCACCCUCAAAGCGUCUCUUACUGGGCGAUAAACCCGGCCUUCUGCCUACCCCAGGUGGUCCAUCCAGACCCAAUCAGCAGCGGCGCUAACAGACAGUAGAAGCAUACACACCUGGAAAUUGCCAAAAUCAUCAAUGCUGCAUUGGAAGCAAAGUGUUACAAAAGUGUCACAAUUGGGCAGUACAUGUACAUUCCAGGAUCAAUGGAAUCGUUGCAAUCCCUUUGUUACAGUGGAGGCCCCUUUUAGUCUUUAAUAGUGUUGACAGUGUUUGUUUAUUAGAAACGUAACUGGUUUUUAUUUUUUGUAUUGGUAUUUACUUUGUCCUGGAUUUAUUUAUUUUUUUCCCCACACUUGUGUAAAAAUACUAUUUUUCCUCCUGCCUUUUGGUUUAGUAAAACAAGCCUAUUUUCACAGAGUGUACAAAAAAUGUAUACUCUGGGAUAUCCGUCCUUUUCUACAACAAAAAGGCAGAGAAUCUCAUUUUAAAUGGCAGCUUGGUGAAUAAUAUGUAUGACAAGUUGUAAAAUGGAUCUCCUUGAAGCCUGUACUGAAGUUGGGGCUUCAAGUUCAAAGAACCAGAUUUCAUAAGUCUGAGUUAAAUACAUUUUUGUUGACGUUUUUAAACCGUGUGCUUCAUUGGUCGUCUUUGAUUGUGAGGUGCUUUUAGGUCUUUCACACCUCUUAACUAGUUAUGUCUGACUAUAUAAGCACUCCAUACACAAAAAUAACAAAAGGUGGAUUAACCUAAUUUUUAGGUGUUCGUUCCAUGAAAAGCCAUGUGCUUUAACACUCUUGUCCCAAGACUCAAUCUUCAAUGCAUAGUUAAUGUAUAGCUUGCGAAGUGAACUAGUUCUGUCUAUCCAGAAGGGGGUGUAGUUUAUCUAAAAUCUUAGUGCCAACCAGCACCUAUACAAGUAACAUUAUUCAUUGUAAAUGGUACUUUUGUGCAAUUCUGCAACCUAUAGUUUACAUUCAGAUCUUCCAAGAUUAUCUUUCAAUGGAAGGAAAUAAAUACCAGAGAGGAAUGACAAGGUACCUAAUUAAAUAUCUCUAAUAAUCUGUGUAAUUUAACAUUCAUUGAAUUUUUCUAGACUUCUGUAACACCAGAUUUCACAAAGGUGCCAGGAACUCCAGCAGUGAAGAGUUCUCAUUAAAAUGUAUGAAUUUUC